CUCCAGACUGCAGAACUUAGGCUGAUCCACAAGCUCCUGAGCGAAGAUAGCCAACGGAACUACUUUAGGAAGAUACCACCAGGAGUAACGAAAUGCCGGCGACAGAGAAAGAUUUGGCAGAGGACGCGCCAUGGAAGAAAAUCCAGCAGAAUACCUUUACGCGCUGGGGCAACGAGCACCUGAAGUGCGUGAACAAGCGAAUAGCUGACCUGCAGGUUGACCUGAGCGAUGGCUUGAGACUCAUCGCCUUGCUGGAGGUCCUCAGCCAGAAGAAGAUGUACAGAAAGUAUCAUCAGAGGCCGACCUUCAGGCAGAUGAAGCUGGAGAACGUGUCGGUGGCGCUCGAAUUUCUAGAUCGAGAAAAUAUCCGUCUGGUGUCCAUAGACAGCAAGGCCAUUGUGGACGGGAACAUGAAGCUGAUCCUGGGCUUGGUGUGGACGCUCAUCCUGCACUACUCCAUCUCCAUGCCGGUGUGGGAGGACGAGGACGACGGGGAGACGAAGAAGCAGACGCCCAAGCAGCGGCUCCUGGGCUGGAUCCAGAACAAGGUGGCCGACCUGCCCAUCACCAACUUCAGCCGCGACUGGAAGACCGGCAAGGCGCUGGGCGCCCUGGUGGACAGCUGUGCCCCAGGCCUGUGUCCGGACUGGGAGACGUGGGACACGGUGAAGCCGGUGAAUAACGCCAGUGAGGCCAUGCAGCUGGCUGAUGAUUGGCUGGGGAUCCCUCAGGUCAUCACGCCCGAUGAGAUCAUCGACCCCAGCGUGGACGAGCAGUCUGUGAUGACCUACCUGUCCCAGUUCCCCAAAGCCAAGCUGAAGCCCGGGGCGCCCCUCAAACCAAAACUCAACCCCAAGAAAGCCAGAGCGUACGGGCCAGGUAUCGAGCCGGCGGGCAACCGGGUGCUGCGGCCGGCGAUCUUCACCGUGGACACCUUCAGCGCCGGCCAGGGGCAGGUGACCGUGUACGUGGAGGACCCCGCGGGCACCACGGAGGAGGUUAAAGCUGUUCCAAACGAGGGCAAGAAGACGUACGGUGUGACCUAUGUACCCAAAGUCAUGGGCCCGCACAAGGUGAGUGUGCUGUUUGCGGGACAGCCGAUCCCAAAGAGUCCGUUUGAGGUGAACGUGGACAAAGCGCAAGGAGACGCCACCAAGGUCACCGCCAAGGGCCCCGGCCUGGAGCCUCUGGGCAACAUCGCCAACAGACCCACCUACUUCGACAUUUACACCGCAGGUGCGGGCGUGGGGGAUGUGACGGCCGUGAUUAAGGACCCCCAGGGCUGUAAGGACACGGUGGAGGUGAUGAUGGAGGACAAGGGCGACAGCGUGUUCCGCUGCACCUACAAGCCCGUGCAGGCCGGGCCCCACACCGUCGCGGUCACCUUCGGGGGCGUCGCCAUCCCAAAAAGCCCCUUCGCCGUCAGUGUCGCCCCAGCCUCCAACGCGGGUGCGUGCCGGGCCACCGGGCGCGGCCUGCAGCCCAGAGGGGUGAGGGUGAAGCAGGUGGGCGACUUCAAGGUGGACACCCGCAACGCCGGGAGCGGCGACCUGAAGGUGGCCGUGAAGGGACCCAAGGGCCUGGAUGAACCCGUCAAGCAGACGGACAGCCUGGACGGGGUUUAUGGGUACGAGUAUUACCCCCACACCGUGGGCAAGCACACCGUCUCCAUCACCUGGGCCGGCCAGCAUAUCCCAAAAAGUCCGUUUGAGGUCCAGGUGGGCCCAGAGGCCGGGCCCCAGAAGAUCCGGGCCUUUGGACCGGGCCUGGAGUGCGGCAUGGUGGGAAAGUCGGCCGACUUUGUGGUGGAGUCCGUGGGCACGGACGUCGGGGUGCUGGGCUUCGCCAUCGAGGGUCCGUCCCAGGCCAAGAUCGAGUGCGUGGACCAGAACGACGGCUCGUGCGACGUGAAGUACUGGCCCACGGAGGCGGGAGAGUACGCCGUGCACGUCAUGUGUGACGAAGAGGACAUCGAGCACAGCCCCUUCAUGGCCUGCAUCGCCCCCGAGAACAGCACCUUCAGUCCGGCCAAGGUGGAGGCCUACGGGCCCGGCUUGGAGAAGACGGGCUGCAUUAUCAACAAGCCUGCGGAGUUCACCGUGGACGCCAAAGACGCCGGGAAAGCGCCCUUGAGGGUCUUCGCCCAGACGGCUGAGGGCUCUCCCGUGGACGUGAAGGUGAAGAGUAAAGGGGAUGGGACCUUCGCCUGCUCCUACACGCCCAGCACUCCCGUCAAACACACGGUGGCCGUGGCCUGGGGCGGAGUCAGCGUGCCCAGCAGCCCCUUCCGGGUGAACGUCGGGAAGGGGAGUCACCCACAGAAGGUGAAAGUGUACGGUCCGGGCGUGGAGAGGACGGGGCUCAAAGCCAACGAGCCCACACACUUCACCGUGGACUGCACAGACGCUGGGGAAGGGGAUGUGAGUGUGGGGAUCAAGUGUGAUGCCAACGUCAUCAGCGAUAAAGAGGAGGACAUCGACUUUGACAUCAUUCCCAACGCCAACGACACCAUCACCGUGAAGUACACCCCUCCCGGGGCCGGACGCUUCACCAUCAAAGUGCUGUUCGCCGGACAGGAGAUCCCGGUCAGUCCUUUCCGUGUGAAGGUCGAGCCCUCUCACGACGCCUCCAAGGUGAAGGCCGAGGGGCCCGGGCUGUCCCGCGCAGGAGUGGAGUGCGGGAAACCCACACAUUUCAGCGUUCUCACCAAAGGGGCGGGCAAGGCCCCCGUGGACGUGAAGUUCUCCGGUGCUGCCAAGGGAGAGCCUGUGCGAGACUUUGAGAUCAUAGACAACUACGACUACUCCCACACCGUCAAAUACACCCCCGUCCAGCAGGGUGAGAUGGCAGUCGCGGUGACCUACGGGGGCGACCCAAUUCCCAAAAGCCCCUUUUCCGUGGGAGUGGCGGCUCCUCUGGACCUCAGCAAGAUUCAAGUGGACGGCUUGGAGAGCAGAGUGGAGGUGGGUCAGGACCAGAAGUUCACGGUGGACACGCAGGGCGCGGGAGGUCAGGGCAAGCUGGAUGUGCGGGUCACCAGCCCCUCCCAGAAGGCCGUGCCCUGCACGGUGGAGCCUCAGCGCAGGAAGGACAGCAGCGUGGUGAAGUACAUCCCCAAAGAGGAGGGCUGCUACAGCGUGGACGUCAGCUACGACGGCAGCCCCGUCCCUGGCAGCCCCUUCUCCGUGGAGGCCUCCCUGCCCCCAGACCCCAGCAAGGUGAAGGCCUUCGGUCCGGGGCUGAAGGGAGGGCUGGUGGGCGACCCGGCCAAGUUCACCAUCGACACCAAGGGCGCGGGCACGGGCGGCCUGGGCCUGACGGUGGAGGGCCCCACCGAGGCCAAGAUCGAGUGCUCGGACAACGGCGACGGCACCUGCUCGGUGUCCUACCUGCCCACGGAGCCGGGCGAGUACCUGGUGAACAUCCUGUUCGAGGACGUGCACGUGCCCGGCUCGCCCUUCCACGCCGACGUCCAGAUGCCCUUCGACCCCGCCAAGGUGGUGGCGUCGGGCCCCGGGCUCCAGCGGGGCACGGUGGGCGAGCCGGGCGUGGUGAACGUGGACUGCGCCCGCGCCGGGCCGGGCCAGCUGGCCCUGGAGGCCGUGUCCGACUCGGGCUCCAAGGCCAAGGCCAAGGUUCUGGACAACAAGGACGGCACCUACACCGUCACCUACGUGCCGCUGACCGCCGGCAUGUACACUCUGGCGCUGAAGUACGGGGGCAAGGCCGUGCCCGGCUUCCCCGCCAGCGUGCCGGUGGACCCGGCCGUGGACACCAGCCAGGUGAAGGUGUACGGGCCCGGAGUGGAAGGAGGGAGCGUGUUCCGGGAAGCCACCACUGACUUCACGGUGGACGCCCGCCCCCUGACCAAGGCUGGCGGCAGCCACAUCAAGGCGCAGGUGAAGAACCCGUCGGGCGCCACCACUGACUGCGUGAUCGUGGAUCGGGCCGACGGGACCUACGGCGUGGAGUACACGCCCUACGAGAACGGGGUCCACAGUGUGGAGGUUCUGUAUGACGAGACCCCCGUUCCCAAGAGCCCCUUCCAGGUGUGCGUGGCCGAGGGGUGUGACCCGACGCGGGUGACGGCCAAGGGCCCCGGGCUCCAGGGAGCUCUGACGGACCAGCCCAACCACUUCUCCAUCAUCACCAGAGGAGCCGGCGUCGGUGGUUUGGGAAUCACGGUGGAGGGUCCAUCCGAGUCCAAGAUGUCGUGCAAAGACAACAAGGACGGCAGCUGCAGUGUGGAGUACGUUCCUUACACGCCCGGACUGUACGACAUCAACAUCACAUACGGCGGCGAACACAUUCCAGGGAGCCCCUUCAAGGUGCCCGUGAAGGACAUGGUGGACCCCAGCAAGGUGAAGGUCUCCGGACCCGGGGUGACCUCCGGGGUCAGAGCCAAAAUCCCGCAGAUGUUCACCGUGGACUGCAGCAAGGCAGGCGUGGCACCUCUCUCAGUGGCCGUGACUGCUCCUAAAGCGGACGACGCGGAGGCCCAGCCCUGGCGUGGGCACCUGAAGGCCUUUACGGAUCUCUUUAAGAACGAGCCCAAGGGCGGGAACUCUGGGACAGGCGUGGCCGAGCCCGUGGAGGUGCUGGAUAACGGGGACGGCACGCACACCGUGGCCUACACCCCGACUGUGGAGGGCCCGUACACCGUGGCCGUCAAAUACGCCGACCAGGACGUCCCGCGCAGUCCCUUUAAGUUCCGGGUGCUGCCCACUCAUGACGCCAGUAAAGUGCGUGCCAGCGGGCCGGGCCUGACCACCGGCCUGCCCGCCAGUCUGCCCGUGGAGUUCACCAUCGACGCCAAGGACGCGGGAGAGGGCCAGCUGUCCGUGCAGAUCACCGACCAGGAAGGCAAGCCGAAGAAGGCCAGUAUCCACGACAACCAGGACGGCACCUACCGGGUCUCCUACCUGCCCGACCGGGUGGGCCGCUACACCAUCGUCAUCAAGUACGGCGGCGACGAGAUCCCCACGUCCCCCUACCGCGUGCGCGCCACGUCCAGCGGGGACGCCAGCAAGUGCACCGUGGAGGGCCCCGGGCUGGGCCCCACCAUCAGCAUCGGCGAGGAGGUGGGCUUCGUGGUGAACGCGCAGGGCGCGGGGAAGGGGAAGGUGUCCUGCCUGGUGGUGACGCCGGACGGCACCGAGGUGGAGGCGGAGGUUAUGGAGAACGAGGACGGCACCUUCGACAUCUUCUACACGGCCCCCGCGCCCGGCACCUACGUCAUCUACGUGCGCUUCGGCGGGGAGAACGUCCCCAAGAGCCCCUUCAAAGUCACGGCCACAGACGAGGUCCCCCUGGUUCAGCAGUCUGUCCAGCAGCAGCAGCAGCAGGCAGCUCCUGGGGCCUACCCCCCUGGCUUCCAGCCCUGGGUGACGGACGGCUCCUACAUCCCUGUGAACAGCAUGAACGGGGCGGGGUUCAGACCCUUCGACAUGGUCAUCCCCUUCGCCUUCAGGAAGGGCGAGGUCACAGGGGAGGUGCACAUGCCGUCGGGGAAGACGGCCCAGCCCGAGAUCAUCGACAACCACGACGGGACGGUGACGGUGAAGUACGCCCCCACCGAGGCCGGCCUCCACGAGAUGCACAUCAAAUACAACGGCGAGCACAUUCCAGAGAGCCCUCUGCAGUUCUAUGUGAACCACGCCAGCAGCCCCAACGUGACGGCCUACGGGCCCGGCCUGGUGUACGGCACCGCCAACAAGACCGCCACCUUCACCAUCUUCACCGAGGACGCCACUGAGGGCGGUCUGGACCUGGCCAUCGAGGGCCCCUCCAAGGCGGAGAUCAGCUGCGUGGACAACAAGGACGGCACCUGCACCGUCACCUACCUGCCCACGCUGCCCGGGGACUACAACAUCCUGGUGCGCUACAACGACAAGCACAUCGCCGGCAGCCCCUUCACGGCCAGGAUCACAGAAGACAACAGGAGGAGGUCACAGGUGAAGCUGGGAUCCGCUGCGGACUUCUCUCUGGAUAUCAACGAGACGGACCUCAGCCUGCUCACCGCCAGCAUCAAGUCUCCCUCGGGCCGCGAUGAGCCCUGCCUGCUCAAGAGGCAGCCCAACAACCACAUCGGCAUCUCCUUCAUUCCCCGAGAGGUCGGCGAGCACGUGGUCAGCAUCAAGAAGAACGACCUCCAUGUGCCCAACAGCCCCAUCACCAUCAUGGUGGUGCAGUCUGAGAUCGGGGACGCCAGCAAAGUGAAGGCCUUCGGCCAGGGCCUGGUGGACGGCAACACCUUCGAGAUUUCACAGUUUGUGGUGGACACACGGGAGGCUGGCUACGGGGGCCUGGCCCUGUCCAUCGAGGGCCCCAGUAAGGUGGACAUUCAGACGGAGGACCAGGAGGACGGGACCUGCGGUGUGUGCUACUGCCCCACCGAGCCGGGCACCUACCUCGUCUCCAUCCGGUUCGCUGAGGAGCACGUUCCAGGGAGCCCGUUCAGCGUGAAGGUGACGGGGGAGGGGCGCAUUCGGGAGAGCAUCACGCACCGACAGAGGGCCGCCUCCGUCGCCACGGUGGGGAGCGAAUGUGACCUCAACCUGAAGAUCCCCGAAAUCGACAUCCACGAGCUGUCUGCGCAGGUGACCAGCCCCUCGGGCGCCGCGGAGCGGGCCGAGGUGGUCGCCGCGGGGAACAACACGUACUGCGUCCGCUUCGUGCCCCGCGAGAUGGGCGUGCACACCGUCACCGUCAAGUACCGGGGCCAGCACGUGCCCGGGAGCCCCUUCCAGUUCACCGUGGGGCCGCUGGGCGAGGGAGGGCCCCACAAGGUCCGGGCCGGGGGCCCCGGCUUGGAGAAGGCCGAAGUCGGAGUACCAGCGGAGUUCAGUGUCUGGACGCGGGAGGCUGGUGCAGGGGGCCUGUCCAUCGCGGUGGAGGGACCCAGCCGGGCGGAGAUCUCCUUCGAGGACCGGAAGGACGGGUCCUGUGGAGUCUCUUACAUCGCCCAGGAGCCUGGUGACUACGAGGUGGCCAUCAAGUUCAACGACCAGCACAUCCCCGAGAGCCCCUUCCUGGUGCCCGUGUGCGCCCCCGCGGACGACGCCCGCCGGCUCACUGUUGCCAGUCUUCAGGAGUCCGGGCUGAAGGUGAACCACCCGGUGUCCUUCGCCGUGCGUCUGAACGGCGCGCAGGGCAACAUCGACGCCAAGGUGCGCAGCCCGUCUGGAGCGCUGGAGGAGUGCGUGGUGUCGGAGCUGGACCAAGACAAGUACGCCAUCCGCUUCAUUCCCCGGGAGAACGGUCUGCACUUCAUCGACGUGAAGUUCAACGGCAGCCACAUACCUGGCAGCCCGUUCCAGGUGCGAGUGGGAGAGCCGGGCCAGACGGGGGAGGCCAGCCUCGUCACAGCAUACGGAGCGGGGCUGGAGAGGGGGACCACAGGUAACCAGGCGGAGUUUACCAUCAACAACACCAAAGCCGGGCCUGGCUCCCUGGCCGUCACCAUCGAGGGCCCUUCCAAGGUGAAGAUGGAGUGUCAGGAGUACCCUGAGGGGUACAGGGUGCAGUACACGCCCAUGGCUCCGGGAAACUACCUGAUCAGCGUGAAGUACGGGGGACCCAGCCACAUCACGGGCAGCCCCUUCAAGGCCAGAGUCACAGGUCCCCGGCUCGUGAACGUCAGCAACGCCAGCGAGACGUCCACUCUGAUGGUCGAUUCGGUGGCCAAGUCUCCGGCCGCCAACACCUACAGCUCGCUGCCCCGGUUCUCCUCGGACGCCGCCAAGGUGGGCUGCAAAGGCCCCGGGCUCAGCAAGGCCUACGUGGGCCAGAAGGCCAGCUUCUCUGUGGACUGCAGCAAGGCCGGCGAGAACAUGCUGCUCGUGGGUGUCCAAGGCCCCAACACGCCCUGUGAGGAGGUGUCGGUCAAACACAUGGGCAACAGGCAGUACACCGUCAACUACGUCGUCAAGGAGAGGGGCAGCUACAUCCUGGCAGUGAAGUGGGGCGACGAUCACAUCCCUGGGUCUCCCUUCCACGUCACGGUCCCCUAGGGGGCGCCAGUGGGCCCUGUGAGACACUGGAGGAGCGUGAACGGGACCGGGGGGGGGGGGGGGGGGGAGGAGGGGAGGGGAGGGGGAGGAAGUGCUCACUUUCCCCUUCACCUGGCCCAGUUCAGUUGAGCCCGAUGUUAAUUAUGAGAAAUUUGCACUUUGACAAUUUAUGCAUGCAAAUUUAAGCCUUGUCAAUCGGUUUAUUCACUUUACUUGGGGGGGAGGGGUAGGGGUAGGAGGAGGGGGAGAGGGAGAGGGAGAGGGAGAGAGAAAUGUAGACGCAAUAUUGUAAAAAGGCCCUUCCUGCUUUGUUUUGUUAUGUUUUCCUUUUGUCAAAUCUAAGCAGAGCUUAAUUUUUCGGGGGGCUACUUUGACCCAGAUUAUUAAAAAAAAAAAAAAAAAGCACACCCUUUUUUUUAAAAAACAAAACCUAGAUUAAAAAUCCUGUAGACACUAACUGUAAUUUAGCUGGAACAGUGGCUCUUUUUUUAAGAUGAUCUAACUACUGAUGAAUGUCCUCUUUUUGUAUGUAUCCUUGAUCAAUCCUGUCCAAAUUAUGCAAGCCACACACAAGUCUUAAGAUGCAACGACAACUUCUUUAGGUAGUGCCACCUGACACUGCGUGAACUGGACAUCAAUGUUUACAUGUUUGUGAUGUUUGGAGGUGGAACGGGGAACACGUGCCUGCUGAAUGGUGGAAGUCUGUGCUGAUGCAGCUCCCCCCCCCCCCCCCCCUGUGGAUGCGUGCUUUUCUUUAACAAGGCACACUAAACCUGAGAGCUAAUUUUUUCUCCACCGUACCACCUGUACUUCCGUGAAUAUGCAACAGGGCGGAACAGGAUGAAGAAAACUGGCAUUGUGGGCCAAAAUAAUGUAUCCUUGUGUUGUUGCGUCUCAAAAUUCUUCUUAAAAUAGUGUUAACACAGUGAGAUUCUUGUAGUUAGUCUGAAUGUAUGGAGGGAACCAUUGUCCAGAGUGUCGUGUUAUGUGCCUCAAGCAAGCCUGCUAUGCCUACAGAGAACAUCUCUGGAAUCCUGUACGUAUGUGACACACACACACAAAAUGCUGUGAAAAAACCAUUGCCCCCCCUUUCUGAUUUCCUCUAUUUUUGCAUAUUUGACACGUGUGCAAUAAUAGAUGAAAUCAGGAAGGGUGCAAAUACUUUCACGCCACUGUAUUAUAUGAGUGAAGUCUACCUUGCUCCAUCUUGCUCCAUGGAGGGAGGCUUUGUGAUUGGCUGGCAGUUGCAAUCCUUCUCUUCAUCUCAGUGUUUGUUGUAUUCUAAGAUGUCCACUUCUUACCAAAAUUAAAGAAAAAGGUAUAACUUAUGGAUCCAUAUUUUGAGGGACUGCGGGAAAUUGCCAUCCAAAUAAUUUUAAGUGCUUCUCUUAUCAAGCAAUAGCUUUUAGGAAAAAUAAAGUGUGUAUGUUUUUUCUUUUUUUUCUUCGGGUUAUAAUGCUUGUUUAUUCAAUUACUUAAUGAUGCUAGUUUUGAUAUACAAUGGAGUAUUUUGUAAAAGAUUGUUUUAAAAGCAAGAAAAUAAGCAAAGCUUUUAUUUGCAUUUUGUAUUAGCCAGGGGUGCCUUAAUGUGAAAUAAAUCCCUAGAAAUGAUGUACAUUUGAAAAUUAAAGCAAUAAAUGAGUAAAGUAAAAA